GACGCGUGUAGAGUGUUUGUAGCCGAACGGUAUUCCCUCGGGUGGUGCGAUAUCAUCGUCGAUCCGGGCCGGGCAAUCAUCUUUGCGCCCUUGUUUGCCUUGCCUGCGCAAAUUGAGGCAUUCGCAGAGAGGAUAUCGAGUGAGUCAUGGCGAUACGAUGAGAUUCUUGUCGUGUUCGAGGCAUAUCCGAGCGCAAGAAGCUACCGAGCGAAUGAUAAGAGUGGAGAUCGAGGUGGCUUGGGGCUGAACGCAUAUACUCCUCCGAUCCUCAAAGCUAUUAGAAGGUUGAGAAGGAUUGUGAGUAUUGCGGAGGGGUGCGGGACAAAAGAUAAUAGGUGUUCGGUUAUAUGGGCAUUUGCAAAUGCAAUCGAAGAAGCCGCAAAGGUGGUAAGAUGUUUCGGCAAGGAAGCCUGUGCGAGGGCUGAGCAAGGGGGAGCAGGCGUGCUAUGGGGAGACAGGGAGUGGCUGGAAGAAGAGGAAAUGGAAGGCGAAGGAGAUCUUGUGGGGGUGGAUGGUAUGAAUGCCUUUGCAGCAUUUGUAAUGUUGUGUGGGAGGACGUUGGAAGAUGUGCUUGAUAUGUCACCCGAGAACAGGGCGGAGGAAUUCGCGGCAUUGGUAGGGCAGAAGUGUGUGGUACGUGUGUGUAGAUUCGUUGCUGUUAUUUUGCUAAUAGACGUGCACUAGGAGG